AGCAAAGUGUAAUUAUUUCAACUUUUGUUCACACACCAAAUACUUCUUUGUUUCUGUUCACACACCAAAUAUAUUUAUGUUGUUAUAUAUACGGAGAGUGUCAUAGAGGUCUGAUACAACAAGAAAUACAUAACUCUCUAUCUCUUUCUACAGUUUCUUGCUUUGUUUUUCAAAAAAUAAUAACAAUAAGAUAGACAAAAUGGCGGGAACAUACGACCGUUCCAGUGAGGUGAAAGCAUUCGACGAGAUGAAAAUCGGCGUCAAGGGUCUAGUAGACGCCGGAAUCACACAGAUCCCUCGCAUUUUCCAUCACCCGCCACAUGUCACCGUACCAAACCCUCCCAAACCCUCCUCGACGGUGGUGGUGAUUCCAACGAUUGAUCUUGGAGGCGGCAUGUUGGAGUCCGCGGUUACACGAGAGAGUGUGGUUGCGAAAGUGAGAGACGCUGCUGAGAAGUUCGGGUUCUUCCAGGUGAUAAACCAUGGGAUUCCGCUUGAUGUUAUGGAGAAGAUGAAAGAUGGGACUCGUGGGUUUCAUGAGCAAGACACUGAAGUGAAGAGAGGGUUUUAUAGUAGAGACAUCACCAAGAAGGUUAAGUAUAACACUAAUUUUGAUCUCUAUAGCUCUCAAGCUGCAAACUGGAGAGAUACUUUGACCACGGUUAUGGCUCCCGAUGUUCCUAAAGCUGAGGAAUUACCAAAUAUUUGUCGGAAGAUCUUUUUGGAGUACUCAAAGCAAAUGAUGAAGUUAGGAGAACUAAUCUUUGAGCUUUUAUCAGAAGCACUUGGUUUAGAAACUAGCCACCUCAAAGAACUGGACUGCGCAAAGAGCUUGUCAUUGCUCUCUCAUUACUACCCGCCCUGUCCUGAGCCUGACCGAACCUUUGGCAUAAGUUCACACACUGAUAUAUCUUUCAUCACCAUUCUUCUUCAAGACCACAUUGGAGGACUUCAAGUUCUCCAUGAUGGAUACUGGAUCGAUGUUCUUCCUAAUCCCAAAGCUCUCAUCGUUAACCUAGGAGAUCUCUUACAGCUUAUAAGCAACGAUAAGUUUGUUAGUGUGGAGCAUAGGGUUUUGGCGAACAGAGGCGAAGAACCGCGUAUUUCGAUCGCAUCUUUCUUUAUGCACACCAUACCAAAUGAGCAAGUAUAUGGCCCCAUUAAAGAGCUUGUUUCUACACAAAACCCUCCAAAGUAUAGAGACACCACCACGACAGAAAUGGCGAGGCAUUACUUGGCUAAAGGACUGGAUGGAGCCUCUCCUUUGCUCCAUUUCAGGAUCUGAAUAGUAAAAGAUGGACCCUAAUGAGAUUCACUAAGAUUUGUCGUGUAGAAUAAAAUCACAAGAGUACAUGCAAUAUAUUAUGCCUAUUUUCACAUUUUUAUCAUGUAUGCAGUAUUUUUGAAGUUUAUAAUUUUUUUCAUUAUUAGUUUACAAAAGAAUGUAUUAAAAAUACAAAAAUGUACCUUUUUGAAAUAUUUUUUUUAAUGUAAAAUAUGCAUCUUUUUGAAA